UUGUACUUGAAUGGAAAUAAACUAACUGAACUACCCGCUGAGAUUAGUGACUUCAGAGAGCUGAGGGAGCUGAGUAUUAGUGACAACCAGUUGGUUGGUUUACCUACUAGUAUACAGAGGCUGACCAAGCUUGAACGGCUGUACUUGAGUGGAAAUAAACUAACUGAAUUACCUGCUGAGAUUAGUGACCUCAGGGAGCUGAGGGAACUGAGUGUGAUUCGUAAUCCUUUAACUGUUGACGCAGUAAGACGUGCCUUGAAGUUAAGGAAGAAAGGAGUACUUGUACAUGGUGUUGCAGGUAAGCACAGCGGAUAUUGUAGUAAUUUGGAGGUUCGAAAAAAACCGAGAUAGAAUUCCACUAUUUGCCUGGGAAAGGGAAGUCAGGUUUUUUUUCAGUUAUCGGGGGUUUCGCGAAUUCAGUGAGAGUUUGAUAAACUAAGAUAUGUUCCGGAACCAGUCCAGACUACUCCCUCUGACUCCGCAGUGUUCUAGCUUAAAAAGAAAACAUUCAUGGUCGACCAAGUGGAAAGCUUUUUUCAAGUCAAUAAACAGUCCGCUCCAAUAAUCAGUGAGGUAAACUACCGCAGUUUCAUUAGAGUGCUUCUUUCGAAAACCUGAUUGGAAGUCUGACAACAGGGCCAUUUAUACGAGGAAAAAUAAGACGCGUCUUACAUAAGAAGCGUCUUAAAUAAGACGCGAACUUUCCGUAAUAAACGGCACAUUUCGUCUAAAAUAGGACGCGGCUUAGCUAAGACGCGUCUUAUUAGAUAAGACAUGCUCGUAUAAAUGGUACAGUUCGCGUCUUAUGUAAGACGCGUCUUAUUUUUCCUUGUAUAAAUGGCAAUAAUAAGUCAAAAAAGCCAAGAAUUGAACUUGAAUAGCGCGCUCCAUAAUCUUUGACACCAGGGGAAGAACUGAGAUUGGUCGGUAAUUACUGACAUCGUUCCUUGCUCCUGAUUUAAAUAGGUGUUACUCUUGCAUCCUUCCACUCAACUGGAAUAAGUCCUGUUGAAAUAGGAAGGUUAACCAGAUACGUGAUCGGUUUAGCUAUAACUGGAGCUGCAUCCUUCAAAAGUCUUGCAGAGAUACCAUGAUCAGGACCCGGGGCUUGUCACCUUGAGUUUAGACAGUUCCUUCAAAACAAAGUUAGUUGACACCUUUUGAAGAACAAAGUUUUGCGUAACUGUAGGAGUUAAAAUAUCCCGCAGCCUGGUCUUACUUUUGUAAUGACCACAUAGUUUCUCAGCAACACGCCGAUUCAGGAAAAAACCGGAAGUUGCAUGAAAGCGAGGCCUAAGUGCCCUCAUACUCAAAAUGGCGACGUAACAACUAGAUUCUUGUAAGCAAAAUAAGACAAGUGCUGCACCCACAUAAAAUAAUCGAAGUGAAAAUCGGCCGGAUCUCACCUAUACCAAAAAAGUUUCAUCAGAUCCUGAAUCAAGUAGAAGAUGGGAAAAAGGAAUGUUGUUGUUCAGAGCAUUUCGUACCAAACGAUUACAGAACAAGAAGACGCCCGAAGGCGCUUACGCGGGAUGUGUGGGUUUAAGAAAGAAUUACGGGUAUGUUGGGUGGAAAUGGAAGUUGAGUAGUGUAUGCAACAAAUGUGUGCAGGAGAGACGGAGAUGUUCUGUUAAGGACUAAUACACUAGAAGAUGAGUUACACACAAGGGUUCCUUUGCUACUCAAAACAAAACUUACAUCAAUAUUACCACCAUAUAUGUUAGGAGUAUGGGGUAGUUCACUAAAAUUUGCAUUCUUUUACUAAUGUCCUCAAAAAAUGCACUUCCACAUUUAACAAUAGAGUGUUUUCACGUGACGUCACAAAGUUCAAAAUUAUUCCCGCGAAAACUCCCGCCGCCAUGUUGGUGUCCCUUCGCGGCUUAUAAAGUCUCUUGGAUCUACGGUCAUUUACAUUAUAAAAGAUUUCUAAGGAGCAAGAUGACGCUCCCCAAUUGUCUGAAUAUGCAAAUACACUUGAUCCUCUUGUUAAGAAAAGGUACAUGCAGAAAAUAGCGUGUAUAGGAGUCGAUCCUUUUCUAAUUUCAUGCCAAAAAUACGAUGCCGAUUGUCUUCCUCCCACCGAGUCGAUUGACCUCGUUUCGUAUCUUGUUCUUGAAACCAGUCACUACACUAAGGAACAAUUUAAGGCCUUUAUAAGCCUUCAAGCAUAUAACCAGUUGGUCUCUGGAUUUGUACAAAGUGUCCACGGACUUAUCAUUGCCGGUAAGCAUGUCAGCCGGGAACUGUUUUCAAGAUACUAGAUGCCCGGCAGUCGGAAAUUCUCACUGUACUUUCACGAAACUCUUUCUCGGCAUCUGCUGAGUCUGUAGUCUUAACAGAUAUCCUCCCGAGUAUAUCCUCUGAGUUACAAACAACGUGAAAUUUGUCGAGUGCCCUUCAACUUCCGGUGUAACACUACAAUUGCGUGACGCAAAUGCAAGGGACUUCACGAUCCGGCGAUGGCAAGGAGAACGGCAAAAAUAGGUCAAGAAGGCUCGACGGUUGCCUCUACUUCAAGCCCAAAGCAGUAUUUGAAAUCGCUUGAGUUUUCUAAACAACUUUCUGAUCUUUUUACACAAAUUCAAUGAGAUGUUUCGUGUAAAUUGGACAUGAAUUUCCGACUACCGGGCAUCUAGUAUUUUGAAAACCGUACCCGUGAGUCAAGAUUCUAAAGAAUAUGCUUUAUGCAAGCGCGGAGAAUUUGUCCACAACAACACGAAACCUUUAUUUAGAAUCGCUUGGCAUUUCUGAACAAACACUAAAUACUCUGGUGAGGCUUCGUUGAUAAUUUCUGUGGAUAUUCAUCGGGAGUUGACUUAGUGUGUCAGAACUUGAAUAUUUUCUAAGUGUCGAAUUCCAUUGAGAUUUCACUCUAUGCCCAAGCUCGACAGUUGCUUUUACCUUUAACCCAAGGCAAUAUUUAUAAUCGCUUGAGAUUUCUAAACAAAUAUCUUACGUUCUUAGAGGAAUUAAACGAGCUAUUUCGAGGAAAUUGGUCAAAAUUUCUGACUGCCGGGUAUCUAGUUUUUUGAAAACAUUUCCCGGCUACCGGGUAUCUGGACACGAGCUUUAAAGGUUCGCCACUCUCAAAAGAUGAACGAUCCAACUGUUCCUCUGUGGAUCAUCACCGAGAAUGACGAAAUGAUUUUAUGUGCACAUUGCCGGGGAUGUAUGGCUGGGCAAGGGGAAACCUGCUCCCACAUUGCUAGCGUCCUAUUUUACAUUAAAACUUUUAACAGAACACGCUGCGGUCUCUUCGUGUGGCCGAGAUGUGAUGUUGGAACCCAGUCAACAUCAAAUUGUUCGCACUGUUUGGCGGUUCGGCCGGACACAAAAUGCCUAUAACAAACCCUCUCAUGUUCAAGCUUAUCGUCCGUAAGGUCACUGCGACUUAUGGCAGAAAUCCAUGCACGUCUUCUUCUGGUGGUCAACUGCUCCAUCAUUUCGCCUUCAAACGAUUUUCGGAAGGCGACUAAAUUUCACUGCAGAAUCCUUUUUUUGUGAACUUUUUCCACUCUUGUUGCCACAGCCAACAAUAAUACACAGAAGCAUGGUAAUAGAAACCCAUAUAAGAUUGAUCUUUCACAGUUUAAAUCGAUAAAUACAAUAAGUGACCAGCUCACGCUUUCUUUCUUGGGACACCAACAUGGCGGAUAGUAAGGUUGCUAGGAAACCAAGUCACGUGAGUGAAAACACUCUAUAGCGUGUAAUGUAUCAUACUUCCAAUAACUACAGGGCUGCAAGGAAGUGCUCUAGGGAAAAUUUCAGAGAGCCCUUUAGGCUCCCCAAGCAUUUUUAGCUGGGGUACCCGGGCCUCUAAGUUGGUCGACCGAAUUAAUAAAUCAAUGAGCUGUUAGUUAAUUAUUAAACAUUAAACAAAUUAUUUUCUUAACAAGUCAAGCAGAAUUUUGUGAAUAUUUUUUUCAUAAAAAAUCACAUCCCUUAGACCUCCUGAGCGUGCGAAAAAAAAAAAAAACCCGCAUUUUGCCAUAUGAAAGUAAGUUUUCGCGCCAUAUGAGAAACAUUGACAACGCCGCCGAACAUUUCAUGUGUUUUAAAUGGAAAAAUAAAUUUGGGGUCAAAAAUAAGGGCACUAUUCUUUUUACUAAUCAUUUUGAUUUAGGUUGAAAAGAAAAUUCGCUUGUUAAGAUUGAAUGAGAUCCCGUGGAGCUUUCCAGGAAAACUGCUAUGAUUUCAACGAAACCGCGGCGCCCCCCGGGGGGAUUACUUGCGUUAAUUUUUGUUGGGUAUGUGCCGCUGGCCUCUCAGAACCCCUACCCCAUUAUAGUCUUUUCUGUGGCCAAUAUUGUAGACCCCAUAUUAGUCACUGUUGGGGAAAUAUGUAAUUUUUGCGAUCCCAAGUUAGUCACUUUCUAUUCAUGUAUCUACCUUAUCAAUCCUUUAAAUAGGUCAUCAAAAAAUGAAUUGACCUAUUUUUUUAAUAAAUUGAAUGAAGAACGCUUUACUUUUCACCUACAGUACAAAUAUCCUGAUAGGUUUGCUAACCGUAAAUAUGAACAGCUCUCUUACCCCAAAAAUCCGAAAAUGUGCGACCCCAUUCUAGUAACUCUUUUGAAAAUGGAACUCCAUUAAUAUUCAAUCUAGUCGUGAAAAUGCGACCCCAUCCAGCGGCACAUCCCCAUUAGCCUCGUUAUAAGGAAGUGCCCCCCCCCCCCACCGGGGGCCGCCCCAAAACUAUUAUCUCUUUUGAAUAGAUCAUCUUGUUGUAAAGUCGUCGUUUAAGCGCAAAACAGAAGAAUUUUCUUUCUAUAUUACCGGUGAAAUGUUCAGGACAAAUGUAGAUUCGGUUAGCUUUUGCGUAUUUAUUUUUAGUACGUGAUACGUAUGCCUUGUCACGACACGAAAGACAAUGCGGGAUUUUAUAGAUUUACACCCCCUUUAUACCCGAUUCUAGAACAAUCACAAUUAUAAUAGUCGUCUCUUUUCUUUUUUAUGCAUCGUAUUUUACUGGAAUAACAAUCUUAGUUAUGUUUUAUCCUCGCAGACACAGCAGUCAAAAAAGGUAGAAAUAUUUAAAGAACAUAGAAGACCGACUCCCUUGUUUAUUCAGCGAUUUUUCAAAAUUCAAAACUAUUGUUUUGCGUCGCCGACCGUACUUCACGCCUGUCAGAGCAAAAGUAACAACUUGUUUAAAAAAACUAACUAAUGAACAAUCCUAAUUUGAAGAAAAAAUUUCAAUGUUAGUAUGAAAAGCUGUUACUAUCGAAGACUGUGCAGCUUGUCACGUUCAUAGUCAAGGAUUAUGUUACAUGUGAAUUCACGUGAAACGACCUUUGAACAUCAACGCGUGUCCGCUGCCCGAUUUAACAACAUUUUCCUAAAGCUUUUUGGUAGACAUGCUACUUAUUGCUACUUACAGAGUCGACCUCAAGAGUUUCUUAGCGAGAGGAGCGUUCUUUUUAGGCCGCGAAGCCACCGAGAGAACUAAAUAAUAAAUUCUAGACAUUCUUAGCUUUUUGAGCGUAACUCAACAGAAACAAGAAACCAACACCAGCAAGUCGCCCGGAUGGGCCACCUAGACAAUAUUUUCAGUCGCCCGAGGCCAAGUCUUGCGCCGUAUUAAGAGCACGGCCUUGAAUCUUCGUCCUCCUCUACACAGUGAGCUUACUUUUCCCUCCUUUGCUUACGCAGUAUGUUUUAUCGGCUUGUGCAAUCCAGCCUGACUUGCACGUGCUUCGACGUUGGGGCCAAUAAAAGUCCACACAAUUCUUCGGGACGGGCACGGGAUACGGGAAAGUUAAAAAAACAGGGCAAUUUUUGACUCCCAAGACGACGAAAGGAAUGCGCUACCGAAUUUUAGACGCUGGCUGACUACGUCAUCCCGCGUAAUUAGUCUCGCCGAACAUAGAAAGGUCGACUUAAAAACAGGAGGCAUCCCUUACUGUUUCUGCUUGGUCUUCAGCCAAGUCAAAUAUUAAAGAAUAACGGGGACAUAAGGAAAAGUAUCCCAUGAGAAAAAAAAAGGUCAGAAGAAUCGUCAUUGAGCGCUAAAGUACAAGCUGUUAAUUUAAAGGUCUUCCAGCGAUCGAACAAUUUGUUGAAGCGAAACGUUUAGAAGUGGAAAUCCUUAAAAAAUAACUUCCUAAAGCUAGGAAGGAGGAGUAAGUUUUCACGUUUGGUCUGGAACGCGUUUUGUAAAACCCAGAUGAUAUUCACUUAGUAUAUACACUGGGUUUUUCUAGAUUAUGAAACUUUACUUUACUUAUAGCGUUUUGGAAUUAUAUAGAACCAAGCUUUUCCCGUCUAACUUAUUAUAGCAGUGCGAGAUGCCUGACUCAAGUGAAUUCUGACGAUGUUUUCCAUUCAUUAAUACACCUGGAAAAAUAUUUUUCUCAGUUUUACUUUUGGGGGGAAGGGAAUGGAUAUAAGGUAUAAUAUCACACACAAUAAAUAGUUAGUGUGCAAACAUUUAAUUUGUUACGGGUAGUGACAUAAUAGGUUGUUAUAAUAAGGGAUUCUUCACAUGUAGGAUCAGAGUGGAUAAAAGACCUGUGCUAACAGUGACCCAAACCGACUUAGUUGAUUUGCAAAAACUAUCAUAACUUGAGGUCAUACCGCAAGCCAAACUUGAGCCUGAGGUAUGCUAAUUCUGGUAAAAUGUAUUGGUCAAAAAAGUUCUAAAGGUGUACUAAUUUCUCCUUCCAUGAUGCCAUAAUAAAAGGUACCUGUUGCUGAAACAGUUCCUUGUUGAUCCAUGCUGAAGGGCUGAUCUAUCAAAUGAUUUGUGUUCAAGUUCAGGUCAAUUACAGUAUCUGUAUUGUUGGCUGCGUUCAAUUGGCUCAGUGAGACAACAUUGUAUUUUUUUUUUCACACAUGAGUUCUUGAAACUGAUUUUUGGUCACAUCAGCUAUUGUCUGUAUUGUCGGCUGUGCUUGUUUUGUUUUAUUGACUUGAGACACUGUUGUAUUUGUCAAACAUGGAUUUGGUUGGAGAACAGAAGUAUAUGUACUAUUGUCUGUAGAAGAAACAGAUGUGAGUAAAAUCUUUCAUUUGCAUUUGUAGAGCAGAUCCUUUAGCAGCAAUUUCAAAUUAUAGGGAAUUCACAAGUACUAUAUCAGAAGCAUUGGGAUUCAUCUUUUAAAGGGGAAGACCUUUGUUAACUCUGACAAUGUUCACUCAGUUUGAGUUUUUCAACAGCCUAGCGGUCUAACUUUCUCAAUUUCAAAGGACAGGGAUCAUAAAAAGUAGACAUGCCCCUCCUCUUAUGACCUUGUUUGUCUGCAUGAUGCCUUGGCUUGAUAAGCUUUAAGGCCAUGAUUGACCGCUAAUGUUGCACUGUUCGUCUACCUGGAAUUCCCCAUUUUCUUGGCUAAGAAGUGCAAGGAACGUCAUUCUCGCAUUGAUUUUUCAUUUCAUUGUUACUUGAUAUUUCAUCCAAUUUCUAUUUAACUGCCACGACAUGGCAACUGCAGCCGCUCCUACCAGCAGGACAUAAUAAAUCAUACGCGGCUAGUCAUAAGUUUGGGUUUUCCAACUGAG